AUGUCAAAAUGUGGUGGAAAGGGUGUGGUUAAAGAAAAUUUAAGACUUGGACUAUUUACUUAUGAACAUUUAACUAGCUGUCCUAUUUGUGGAGGGAGUGGGGAAGAAAUCACAGAAAAAUGUAAGAAGUGUAAUGGAAGUGGAAAAGUAUCUGAAACCAAAGAAUUUAAUAUUACCAUUCCUAAAGGUAGUAAAACUGGAGAUAUUAUCAAGAUAAAAAAUAUGGGUGAAAUGGGUAGUACUCUUCUUUUAUUAUUAACUGUUAAUGAUGAAGAGAAGAACUUUAAACGUCAAGGUGAUGAUUUAUUAACCAAUCUAACAAUUACUAUGAAAGAUGCAUUAUUAGGAUUUAAAAAACAAAUCCCCCAUUUAGAUGGUCAUCAAAUAUUUAUUGAACAAAAUGGGGUUACAAGUGAUGGUCAAGUUAUUCGAAUCAAAGGUGAAGGAUUGAAAAAGAACUUUUUAUUUAAUGGUGAUUGUUUAAUUUCUAUCCAUGUUGAUAUGAAUUCAAUAUCUCAUGACCAAGCAUUAAAAAUAGCUAAAAUAUUAAAUCAAACUAAUUAA